GGCAGCGUGCAGGCGCAAGCAAACAAAGGCAGCCGCACAGAAGAAGAAACGGAAACAACCCGCAGCAGCAGCAGAAGUAGCGGCAGCUGCAGAAGCCGCCUCCUCUGCUCUAUCCAUCUCCAGUCCCAGACUCCCAGUCCAGAAACGCACACUCCCCUCCCACUGAGAGACUGACCGGCCGAGCGCAGCAGCGGCGGCCAGGCGAGCCGGAUCCGCCCCCCACCAUGACGAAGUCCAAGAACGGCUGCCUCAAGAUCCUCGUCUGCGCCGGCGCCGGAUCCGACCCCUCCGGCGCCUCCGACCCGGAAACCGACGCCCACGCCGACGAGAGCAAGGCCAUAUCAGAUAAAAGCAGAUGGAGCUUCCGUAGAAGGUCUACAAGGCAUCGGGUUUUGAAGAACUCUGAUAUAUCUGAGCCCGAAACUCUAAGUUCAAGCAAAGCAAAAGCUGAAAUUGCUCCGAGCAACAAUGUCUACUCUUCAACAUACGCUUAUGCCUCAGAGAAGCCCCUGCAUCAAGAGAAGGCGGAUGAAAAGAUUCUGCAUGAAGAGAAGCCAGAUGAGAAGCCUCUACAUGAAGAGAAAUCCGAUGAAAAGCCGAUGGAGAAGCCAACUGAAAAGGCAGUUGACCAGAUAAUUGAGAAGUCAAUUGAACAGCCAGAUGAAAAGAUAACUGAAACACCAAGUGAAGAACCAGCUGAAGCCGUAUCUGAAGAAACAAUUGAAGAGCCAACAGAAAAGGCUGUCGAGGAACUUGAUCAAAAGCCGGAUGAAAGUAUCGCUAUUUCAUCAACUGAGCUGAAGCACGAUGAGACUGCCUCUCUUAUUUGCGAAAGCAUUGCAGACCCUGAGGAAGAUCAUGUGGAGCCUGCCGCUGUUGUCAUUCAGUCUGGCACCGGAACAUACAUUGAAAAUCAAGCACUAUCAAAUCAUAAGGAUCUUGUGAAACUGCAAGCUGUGAUACGUGGGCAUUUAGUCAGGCGGCAGGCUGCAGAAUCAUUACAAUGCUUGCUUGCUAUUGUCAAAGUGCAAGGCCUUGUCCGGGCUCAUCAAGCACAACAAUCAGCAGGAAUGUUUGAGGGCACGUUGGUCCGUUCUUCAAGUGAGAAAUUGCUUCGUAAUGGAUUUGCUGUCAAGCUCAUGGACACCACCCCAACUUCAAAAUCCAUGAACAUAAGAUGCGAUCCUUCUGGAACUGAUGUUUCAUGGAAAUGGAUGGAGAGGUGGACAACUCUGAUUCUGCCAAGUACUGGAGGCAACUUCCUUGAGAAUACUGAAGAUAGUGGAUUGGUAGUUGAAAAGAUGGAAGAAGAUGUGCACCAUGAAGAAAAGGUUGUUCCUUUGGACUUGGACAUGUCUUUUCCCAAGCCAGUGGCUGACGAUGUGGAAGAAACACUGAGGCCAUCUGAUUCUAGUGCCUUGGAGGCUCCGGAAUGCGUCCCAGAGGAAACCUCUGGGCUUGAAAUCAAAGAUGAUUCUGUACCAGAGUUGAUCGAAAAAAUCAAUGACGAUGCUGAACAAUUGGCCGAUCCCAAGACAGACAGUGUUGUGGAGCAACCUUUUGAGUUCUAUGGUGAACAGUCUACCAAAACUGUUCCAUCCAGGGAACCUAACCCUCUUCCUGAGAAGUCAGAAUCUUCCAGUGAGGAUAUUAUGGAUGCAUAUAAAUCUGAGCAGACGUUGGAGAUGGAAGGUAGAAGUUUCACAGGAAGAAAGUCCUGCAAUCCAGCAUUUGCUGCAGCACAGAUGAAAUUUGAAGAACUGACUUCAAAUUCGACAGUCAGUAGGUCGAACAGUUCAUCUUAUCUGGAUGGGCCAAUCAAACCAAAGGUCCAUACUCCCCGUUCGCAGGAUGGUGCCUCACCCAAGCAAAAUAGCGACACAAGCAUGCCAGACAACACAGUUGGUCAUGAUGCUAAAAUCAUUGCUGCUUCAGAAUGUGGAACUGAGAUUUCAAUUUCUUCUACACUUGACUCCCCAGAUAGAUCAGAAGCUGAUGGUGGUGAGAUUGUAAUGGAGAUUGGAUCUCUUGGAGUUAGGAACUAUGCCCCCGAGAAUGCUAACAAAGAUGCUCAUGUUUUACAUUCUGAAGCAAAGAACACUUCCCAAGGGGUCGUCCAGCCAGACAGUGAGCAAGAACUGAAUGGCAAUGUUGCUAACCCUGUCAUUGCCACAGAUCCUGUGCCUGAGCAAGCGCAUGUUGUACUAGAAAAGCCAGAUUUGCAUGACCAAAUAGAGAAAUCUAUAGAAUCUUAUGCUAAGUCACCCGAAGGAACUCCCAUGAGCCGAACCACCUUUGCAGAAUCUCAUGGCACACCGUCAAGUGAGGUUUCUGUUAAUACCAACAAGAGCAAGAGCAAAAAACCCAGGUCUCGUGUAAGCAGAAGAUCACUGACUAGUCCAAGCAGCAAUUCAGUAGGGCGAAGCAGCACAGAUAAUCUGUCAAAGGAUUAUAAACAUUCAAAGAGAGAAGGCUCUGCCAAGGUUGCUAAGACUGACAAUGUUGAUCAAGAGCCUCGCAUGAGCAACAGCACUCCAUUGCCAAGUUACAUGCAGUUCACAGAAUCUGCAAGAGCAAAGGCGGCUGCUAGUCUAUCCCCAAAGUUAAGCCCAGAUGUACAAGACAACAACCCGAGGAAAAGGCAUUCUUUGCCCAUAACAAACGGUAAACAAGAUACAUCACCUCGUAUGCAACGAUCAUCAUCCCAAGCUCAGCAAAAUGUGAAAAGCAACGUUGCUGUUCCGCAGAAUCCUUCUGAUAAGAGGUGGAAUAUAUGAUGGAUUGUAACAAGGUGUCAUCAAAUAUCUAGAAGCACUCAUGAGAUGACUCAGAUACUUGCCUUUGUUUUCUCGCCGCACCGGGGCCCCUCUAAUUCGUCAGUCGUUUCUUGUUAUUUUUUGUCGCUUGGAAUACUGAGGAGAGGAGUUGCAGCAGCUUCAUAUAUGUACAUUUGUUGGUUGUCAUUGGUUGUGUUAUUUGACUGAUAUAAAUGAUUUCUUUCUCCGUGUGUAAUAGUAUAUCCUGCUUGACUUGUAAUGCGACAGAAGUCCGGAGAGUGUGGAUUUGGAAAAAUGAUCUGUUAUAUUUGUUGCUAAUAUCGAAUGAGUUUUCAUGCUGGUGUGGA